CAGGGAACCAAACAAAAACUGAAAAACAUUAAAGAAUAAAUACAUUUCCCCAAAUGUAAAUUCAUAGCCAGGUUCUACAGACCCUAAAGUAAAUAAACAGGUCAAUAUGGCUGUAUUUGUGUGGUCUAAUAUGCUGUUACUUAUUGGCCCUGUACUAGAAUAUUGGGGGCAAAAAAAUUAAAUAAGCCGUUAUAUCAUCAAGUUGUCAUGUCUAGAAAAUGAAGGCACGAGAGAAAUAACAUCGAACCAUUUCAGUUCAGUUUUUCCUGAGAAUGAUGGGAAAAUAAUGAUGCAAGCUCAAACCACACCCUUUGUUAAUAACAAGGGGUGGAAAUUGUCAUCGCCAGCGUUUACCUGAAACCGGGACAAAGACUCGCAUGAAAUCAGGUAAACACCUGAUAAGACCUGUUCCUUGUUGAAGCAUACAUAAAGAUAAGCAGGAGCUCAGACACUGCCAUUUCACUACUCCAUGACAUUGGCAGUAACUUUGUUAGAGCGGGACAUCUAAGAUGGCGGCCUCGAUGAUUCAGUUAAUAGGCUUCAUGUUGUCUGCGUUGGGGCAAUUCUUAAUUACAGCUGCAACAGCAAUGGACAUGUGGAGCUUGCAGGAUCGAUCUUUUACAAUUGUGACAAAUUUUUACACCUAUUCUGGGUUGUGGAACUCGUGCGUAGGGACAUCGUACGGCACAACGCAGUGCAGGCCGUAUUUUACCAUCCUGGGACUGCCAGCUCUGCUCCAGGCCGUGAGGGCCUUGAUGAUCGUCGGUAUUGUCCUCGGAGCCAUCGGCUGCCUGAUCGCCAUAUUUUCAAUGAAGUGCUUGAAAAUGGGGAACAUGGAGGACAGCAUCAAAGCCACAAUGACUCUGACAUCCGGGAUUUUGUUUCUUCUCGCAGGGGUUUGUGGCAUUGCUGGGGUGUCGGCCUUUGCUAACUUGAUUGUGCAAAGUUUCCGGUUCACGACGUAUGCUGGUGGCGGGAUCGACGGGAUGGGAGGAGGGGGUAUCGGUGGACUCUCAGGAUCUCUGACUCCGAGGUACACUUUUGGCCCCGCUCUUUUCGUGGGCUGGAUCGGCGGAGCCAUCCUGGUCAUUGGAGGCAUCAUGAUGUGUCUGGCCUGCCGCGGAAUGUCCUCGGAUAGUAAGCAACGGUACGACGGGAUGGCCUACAAAGCCUCCACUCAACACACUAUCUACAAGACCGACCCCAGAUCCGACCCCAGAUCCGACCCCAGAUCCCGUCCAGCCUUCAAUGACUCCUACAAGGCCCAUAGUGUGGAGGGAAGGACGUCCAACCAGAGAUUUGACUACGUGUAGAAUAAUUUCACUCUUAUAGAUGCCUCUCUUUUAUACUCUGUUGCUCUGUGAUGAUGUUUUUCUUUAGUUUUGGCCCGCAUUCAUGGGAAGAAGGGUUAUUUUGUUAUUUCUCUCUACCUUCAUUUGGCUGAACUGCUAAACACUUAAGGCAGUUUGUUUAAUUUUUUUUUUAUAAUCUCAUAUAAUCGUAAUUAUCAAAUGCUGUUUCGUAUUGUGAUCAUUUUUGUGAAAUAAAAAAAAAUGUGAUUCCUA